CACGUUCACGCUCACGGCGACUGAGAGUUGUUGCCGGCGGCCACAGCGGCAUUCUGUCAAGCAAUCGCAUUCGCCCAUCGCCAUCGCCCAUCGACUUCACGAUCUCCCAUACACACGCGUCUCAUCGGCAGCAUUUGGCCAAGCGCAUUCUCGAGAAAGAGCCUGUCGAAACGCGAGAAAACCGCUGGACACACGCGGAUUGGAAAGUGAGCGUCGUCGCGACUAUGCUCGUAGCCUGUAGCACAUCAGCUUUUUGCCUUCGCGCGCGCGCUUGAUCGACAUGUCGAACGGUUCCUUUUCCUGGGGAGGCGCGCACGCCGCUUCCCAAACAUCAUACAACCAGCAGCAGCAACAGAACAGGUCGAUGACAUCCCCCAAUGGCACUGCCAACGGCGCGCCUGCUCCCGGUCACGCACCACCGCCAUCGACAGCCGCUGGCAUGCCUGCGCUGCCGCCUGAAGUACUCGCCGCGCUGCAAGGCAUUGCUCCAGAGCAGCUCGGAGCCAUCUUUCAUGCCUUACAGAGUGGCCUCAUUCCCAUGCCUCCCGCCCCAGUAACCCCCAUCCCAGCGACUGUCUCAGCACCUAUCGACCCCCGAGCGCAACCUAGUAAUACGCGAGCGUCAGGCGCGCCGAGCAAUCGAAAUAUUGAGAUGGGAGAAGAAGACGGCGAGAUUGAAGACGGCGAGCUGGACGGCGCAGACACUCCGCAGGCUCGGGGAUUCCUGCGCACACCUCCAAAGGGACCACGAGAUCCAGAAAGCGGGCGUGGGUCACACCAAUAUCAACAUCAAACACAACAGCAACAGCAACAAUUGCGCCCCGUUGCGGUUCAACAACCAUCCCUUGUGCCAAUUCCUAGAGCUCAAGCCCUCAAUGGGAAGGCUCCUGCUACAUCUAGCACCUCCACCAAUGUCUCUCCCAGGCCAAGUAAGGAGGCUGCAAGCAAGAUCUUCGUGCUCGAGAUGCACAAGGCAGGAUACAAGUACGACGACAUCCGUCGAGAGGUGAAUGAAGAGCAGUUGCUUCGGCGCAUUUACAACCAACUCGACCUGCCCAUCCCCUCCGGCAGUAACACUCCUACAGGAACAACCAAACCCGCUGCGCCCAAAGCUCCACCGGCAAAGGUGGUGAAACCGGCCGCGCCAAAGGAUCGAAGCGAGUAUCUGGCGAAGUUGCAGGCAGCGAAGGCAAAGAAGACUGAAGCGAAUAAGUUAUCGGUCACACCGACAGCAUCUACGCAGCCAACCGUGCCGCAAGCGACUGAAGCUCAACGUGUCGCAACCAACCAGCCCUCGGCCUCCAUAUCAACUUCCGCAGCGGCCACACCACCUGCCCCUAAGAGCGGCGUCAUGACCAAGGACAAAACUGAGGAAGUGCGUCGAAGACUAGAGGCAAUUAAGGCCAAGCGAGCUGCAGAACAAACUGCCAAACUUGCCAACGAUGCAGCUGCGAACAAACUCGCUUCAGGGAAUGGGAUGCCUUUUAGCUCUGGCGCUCCGCCUGCUGGUGGACUUGGUGCUGGGCUUGUAGAGGCUGCUGCCAGCCUUGCAACUGAACAACCGAUGCCACCAGCCGCAAACGCCGCCCGAGCUCCCGACAGCAACGGUCAUCAAGCACCCGCCUCCGGACUGGUAUCACCGCCCAGCAAGCAAAGCUUUGGUCUCCCUGGCCUCUUCACGUCGUUCGCUCCCCAAUCAGUCUCGCAACCUUCUAGCGCAACCGGUGCAGCAGCUGGAUAUCAAGCUGUGCCAACGAUAAAAGACGUCACUUCUCCCCCCGCUAUCGGAAUUGUCAAUGGCAACAAUGCAGCUGGCUCAAACCAGACUUUUGGCGACCGCGGGGGCGCCUCCAUCGACGACCGCUGCAUCAUUGCAUUAAGUAGUGACGACGAAGAUGAUAUGGACAUCGACGAUAGUUCCGACGAUGAGCAGCAGACCCAGCCUAACCCAUCAGCACCCUCAGCUCAAGAUGCACCAAGGCUACCAAGCCACUCGCAGGCUGCAACAUCCUCUCCCAGCACGCCCAGUGCGUAUAAACGUAAGUUGGAAGAGAUCGAGGCUUUCAAGCAGCAAAUUGCAGAGAAAGAGAAACGGCGCAAGCUGCAGAGUCUGUCAGGAACACCGACGACAUCAACGCCGAACGGUGCGAGCCCUACUCUCGCUAUCGGCGAACAGAAUGAUCAGGCCUCUUCAAAGGCUGCAACUGCUGUCUCGCCUGCUGAUCCUGCCGCAAUCAGGCUGGCCCGUGCUCAGGAGAAGGAGGUAUUGCAACGCCGACUGCGAGAACUGGAAGCGCUCAGAGCUGGUCACAACUCUGGGAGUCCCAUGACUGCACAUGCUAUCACACCUUCAAUGCCUACCAGUGAAGCAAACACGGAAGCACAGAGCAAAGCAAAUGUGACGACGACAAAGCCAGUGUCACUCGCUACGAACGAGACUGCGGACGAGAUCGACGACGACGAUGAUGAAGAUCUAUACGGUGACAGCACUGAGGCCUCACAGCAUCAGCCGGCCCAGGACACCCGUUUACCGCCGCGUGUGGACUCUCAGGCAACCACUCUUUCGUCAUCAUCCCUACACAGCCGCGUCGAUGGUGUAGUCCCAGAAGACGCAGCUGAUUAUCCACACGCAAUGGCUUCAACCACCGACGACGCUGCGGCGCGCGGAGAGUACGACAAUUCCACUACUUCGUUCAAUCCGCAGGCUGCUCUAGCGGACGGUGGAGCUGUCGACGAUGCUGAUGAGGACGAAGACGACUUAGAUAACAUCUAUGAACCCCCUGCGCAUAUGAACGAGAACGUGGUUCAGAUGCAGCCGCCUGCUCAGGACUCCAGCGCACCGGACGAUGUCGACAGCGACGAGGCUAUGGAUACAUCCGAGGAGUCUUCCGACGACAGCGACGAUGACGACGACGAAGUCUACGCUGGGAAAUCAGGCCACAGUGGGGCCGAGCCUUCUGCGCAAGUGUCUUCAUCCGAACAAGAGAUGUCCGCGGCUUCUUCAGAAAGUGGCUUGGGAUCGAAUGACCCUCUGGACGACUUAGACCUCGCGCCGGAGUUGCAAGCUGUGUCAGACGACAGCAGUCUGGCCACGACCCGCAAUGACCAAGUUCAGGCAUCACGCUACACACCAUACGAGAGCCCUUUGCGGCGAUUCAAGGACUACCGCUACCACCCGGAAUAUACUAACACCGUGUCAGGCGGCUUCAAGAGCUUAACUUUCAACCACAAAAUCGACCCUGAUGCAUUGGUGUGCCCUUUCGAGAUUGAGCGUGGGCAAUGUGACGUUCCGAACUGCGGCUACCAACAUUUCCACGAGAUGGCGCUCCACGACAACGACUUGCUUCGACUGAUGGGCACCGAGCGCACUCCUGCUCGCAAUCCUGAAGAAGACAAGCGAUGGAAGGAAGGUCUCUCGAAUCUCAUCAGAGAAUUGCGCACAACAAACAUUGGUAGAGAUGCGGGACUAAUUGCGCAGCGCAUUGCCGAGUAUCGCCGUUCAUUCGUGAAUGAUCCGACCCGCGUUGUGCUCCUUGACGACUGAGGACAUUUCAACAUCUCGUUGCUAUUCUGAAGGUUGUAUCUUAUACACUAAUGUCUGGCAGCGCGUUCUGCAAUGAUCUGAGCAAACAGCAGCUAGACUGCAUUGGCUCCGAGCUCAGAAAUGAGACAGAAGCAGAACGUGAAGUGAGCACAUGCAUCGAUCCUGCAGACCUUCAACGCAUCUCGGGGUGCUUGUUUCUGAUGGUUCCGAUGGACGCCCUUGGUUUGGGCAGGAAUGGCCCGCAAUGAAUGGGCGGCGCGCGCUCAUCGCCUAUUGUCACCCACCCAUGCAGCGUGGCUUUGCAUUUAUGUGGCGCGCUCAUCUCAGCGCGUUCGGAUCAUGAGCAUCUCGAACUGUCGCAACUGCUAGAGCAACGCUCUGUACCAAUAGGUGUAUGAUGCCACCUGCGAGAAUGCAGAAAGCAGUCACCUCGGGAGAGGCGGAGGUUCUUAUUGCGUUGCGAGACAGCGUGGGCACAGGAGGGUCUUGCGAGUUAGCUAUCUGGUCUACGUAUCCGUG